AGCGGAGACCUUCGGCUGCAAGACGGUUGAGGUUGGGCGUUGAGCUUGUCGGGUGUCCGUAAGCCUGCAGAUCACCAAAGCCCAAGUCAUCGGUGUAGAGAAGAACAAUGUUUGGCUUAGACUGUGCAGCAUAUGAAUUUGAUAUCCAUAUGAAUAACACCGCAACAAUUCGACAACAGUUCAAAGAAAUAUCUUGCAAAUUCAUGGUGGUUAACUUGUUCAAAAUGUUGUUUUUCUUGAUCGCGUUUAUGUCAGGCAUGUCAGGUGAUCUGCCUGGCAACACGUGAUCUCGCGAAAGGUCGAUCGAUCAAGGUCAUCGCGCGCCAGCUCAGCUCAGCUAGCUCGGAGGCGACGUAGACGAUGUCGAAACGCAGUAAGCCGAAAUAAUGAUCAAUUAUUUCGAAAAAGCUGAUAGAGAACUUAUUGGAAGAUGGCAGCUUUCUUCAGAAGAUCUUGUCAUUGUAGGUACGAAGUCCCACAUAAAAACAAGUUCUUGAUCAAACGUUAUGGCACUGACAAUCGAGUCAAGCUGAAGCAGGCGUUUGGAUUGGUGAGUUGUUUGCAGCUACCAACGGCUUCCUGUGAUCGCGAUCAGCCGGAACUCCAGGGGGCAAGUAUACCUGAUACCCCGAUAGCAGAAGCUUCUUCAUGUUUGGAAAAUUUACACCAAUCAUCUUCAUUGUCUGACUUUAAAUAUCAAGUAUUUAUGUCUAAGGUAUCAGCGAGGACAGAUCAUGGUACUUUACAGAAAACUACCUCAACUUUUGGAGAAAAUAUUAAGAGAAUUAGAAUGAGAUUGAGCUAUCACCAAUCGAAGCUAAGAGUAGGCCUAAGUAAAAAAGAGUUGAGACAGAGUGAUGAUGUACAAUUGUUUUCAUGUAUGAGAACAGCAUUCAGUUCAUCACAAGUUCUUCUUCACCCUAAUUAUUUAUCAAGUCUGUCUUUUAAGCAAAGAGAAAGUGUUGGCAUUUUGAAGGAACCGCUAGUGAGGCAUUAUGCAACUGGACCAAGAUCCCGUCAUAAAGAGAAGUCUUACUAUGAAGUUCUCAACACCACACCAAGUGCAACACAAGCCCAGGUCAAGGAGGCCUAUUUCAAGCUUUCUAAGAUCUAUCAUCCAGACAAAAAUGCAGGUAGCAAGGAAGCCCAACGAAAGUUUGCCUUGAUCAACGAAGCCUACAGCGUUCUCGGGAACCUCACACUACGUAAGCGCUAUGACCGUGGCACCCUCAACCAGCGGGAUGUUCAUGGAGAGGUGAAACCAGAAGAGAAGGUUGCCGAAGAAAUCCAUCGCAAUCCUACGUACACCGGGUCUGGUGUCCCUUUCAGCAUGGAGGCAAAACGCCAAGCCAAGAACAUGGAUGAUUUCUUCAGCAAGCACUACAAGGAUGCUCGGGACAAGGAACAGAGGGACAGAGCAGAGAGACAGCAGCGCAUUGAGGAAUACAUGGAGCUCCAGAAGAGGGCCAAGAUCUCUCCAUUCAUUCUUGCAGCAUUCAUGAUUGCAGCAGUUGUAAUGGCUGUAAAGAGUGUUGAAUGGAAUGAUGCAUUGAAUGCUAAUGAAAAAAAAUCACAAGCUCAAAAUGAUAGAAGAUAACUAGAAAAUUUAUCUACAUGUACAUGUGUGUACCAGUAAAAUAAAUAUCACAUGAUAUAUUGAUUUAAAACUGUUAUUUUUAAGCACUGUAUACAAUGUACAUUUUUGUAGACCUUAAUAUUAAAUCCAGGUACCUCCUUUCUUCAACCAACACUUACAAUUACAUGUACAUAGAUAUAGGGUGUGUCAAAAUAUUCACUUUUUGCCAGAUUAUUUUUAGAAUCUCAAUAUUUUUACCUGUACAUGUAUAUCAUUUUUAUUUGGAUUUUAUUUUCUUUUAAUCAAAUCUGUCAUUGAUGUAUGAGUAUUUUCUUGAUAUUGAAAAAAAAUGUUUGUUUCUUUCAUCAUUGAAACAUACAAUUUGUUGUGAAAGUGCAAAUUUAGUUGGCACUGAUACUGAAAUUGUAUUAUACAGUGUAUGGGGCUCAUAAGACAAAGUUUAACAACUAUGAUUAUUUUCAUGUUAUUAGAUGGAGAAAUAAAGUAUGGUAAUUCAUGUAUGAAUUUCAAUGCUCUUAAUGAAAAGCAUAAACAAAAGACAAAAUAAGCAAGAUUUGUUUUAGAGGAAAUAAAUCUGACCAAUAUUGUAAUGGAUGUGAGAGUGGAAUAUAGGGUACACAUACAUGUAGAAUACAGUAUUAUCUUUCAUCAACUCUGUACAGAUGUACCUAUUAUUCAAUCUAUUCAACUUAUAGCAACUUUACACUCCCAAGACACGUGUAGCAUAUGGUGCGCGAGCUUUCUCUGCCUCAGCACCUUCUCUCUGGAAUAAUUUGCCGUUAAAUUUAAGAAUCAUACCAUCACUGGAGACCUUCAAAUCUAAACUGAAGUCUUAUCUUUUCUAACAGUAUUUGGCACUUUGACACUCAUCCAAAUUUUCUCAUUCUUUGUUUUCUUGUGCGCCUCGGAAUAUAAUUUUCUAGAUAGAUGGCGCUAUAUAAAUGCCUAUUAUUAUUUGGAGGGAAUUCAUCUUUUUAUUUGAAUAUGUAUUAAAUGUGCUCGUUGCCUUAUACAUUUGUAUAGGGUAUAUAAUCCCCAUAUUAUCAUAGUUUUAUUAUAUUGUUUUUUCCCCAAAUUUAAUCAUGCUUUGCUGAUCUUAUACCUUUGAUAAUGAUUGUAUUGAUGAAAUUACGGGAACUACAUCUUGUUCUAGAAGAUUGUGUGCAAGAGAUAUACCCACUGCAUCAUUAAUGUGUCUGCAGCUGAUUUUCUUUUUUCUUUUGAUGAUUGUGCUUAAACUUUAAAAGUAAUGACUUUAUCCUUUACAUUGCUUUUAUUGAAGUUAAUUGAUAUAUCUACAUGUAGAUCACUUAUACUGUAGAUUAAUAAAAAGCCAACGUGCAAUGGGUUACUGGUAAUUUUAAUCAUAAGAAGCCACAUUCAAACAGUUGGAUUACAUGUUUCAUGUAAGUUUGGGUUGGUUAAAUACACCAAGUUUCAAAGCAAUAUACUCUUUACAUUACUGUACUUCAAGCCAAGCAUGCCAUUUUAAUCUGUUGUUUGAAGAACUUUUUUUAAUUUAUCUGCUUCAAACAAUCAAAUUAAAUGCAAGAAUAAGAUAAAAUAAUUUAUUUUGAAGAAGUAUAUUAAGAAAAAUUAAGUAAAUCUAAGACAUUUUUAAAGUUGAAAAUGCCAAUUGCUGCAUUUUCUUUAGAAAUAUUAUUAGCUGGUAAAUGUUAAAACUUCAAAGCAGUUACAAUUUCACGUUCAUUAACUUUUACAUGAACGUCUACUUGAUGCAAUAUGGCCAAGUCAAUACUCUGCUUCUCAAGUUAAUACAACUUUGUUGUCCCAAUUGAUAAAACAAAUAAAGUUGACUCGUCAGGUUCUUUUACAUGUACAGGGUACUGUGGCAAGUGAUGGCAUGGAAUGGAUUCAUUAAUUGGUACACUCAACUGCCAAACAAGUAUUUGAAGUUGAUUUUUUCACAGUAUGUGUGUGGACAAAUAAAUUAUUAUCUAUUUUAAGAUGGAUUUUAAAAUCACAA